AUGAUCCGCAGACGUGGAGGAAACGACAGAGAAGCGGAUCGGAGUGAUCUGUCAGGACUGGACAGGGAACACCGGGACCGUGGAGCGGCGAGAGGCAAGAACUUGAACAAUUCGAUCGGAUUCCGCCAUUGGAUCAUUUUCGUCGUCACGGUCGCCGUCGUUUAUGCCGGAGUCGUCGCGUUGCACAGAAGAAUGCCACCCGUCCGUGACGCCUCCUCCUUCGACAAUUUCAGCGAGAAAAGAGCACGCGUGCUCCUCAAGCAGCUCACGGCUCUCGGCCCCCGUCCCAGUGGAUCUGUGAACUUGGAAGUAAACGUUAUUUUCUGUUUUUCGCGCAAAAUCAACAUUUCAGGUGAAGGCAUUGGGAAUGCUCCGCGAGCGUAUUGGAAUUAUUCAAAACGUAGCGAACAGCGUCGGCGUGAAUCGUUUGGAAUUAGACGUGCAACGCCCUUCCGGAUGCUUUGACCUCAAGUUCCUCAGUUCAUUCACUCUCUGCUACCACAAGAUCACAAACGUGGCUGUGCGAAUCGGACCGAAGAGUGGACCGACUGACAAUUCUCUUCUCCUCAACUGUCACUUUGACACAAUGCCCGAUACUCCGGGAGCCACUGAUGACGCCGUUGCGUGCACGAUUAUGAUGGACGUGCUCGAGGUUCUCGCCCAUUCGAAUGUCGAACUGCCGCAUGACGUCGUGUUUCUGUUCAACGGAGCAGAGGAGAACUUCCUGCAGGCCGCUCACGGAUUCAUCAACCAACACCCGUGGCGUCACACCAUUCGCGCCUUCAUCAACCUGGAAGGCACUGGAUCCGGAGGACGUGAAAUUCUCUUCCAAGCUGGGCCCGGCAACUCGUGGCUCCUUCAGACGUAUCUCGAGAAUGCUCCUCAUCCGUUCUGCUCGGUGCUUGCUCAAGAGAUUUUCCAGUCAGGAAUCAUCCCAUCGGACACUGAUUUCCGAAUCUUCCGUGAUUACGGCAGGAUCUCUGGAUUGGACAUCGCCUACACGAAGAACGGAUGGUUCUAUCACACGGAGUUCGACGAGGAAUGGAGAAUUGAGGAGGGAGCCAUCCAGCGGGCAGGAGAGAACGUGCUGGCCGUCGUCCGAGCCAUCCUCACUUCCCCGUAUCUUGACAAGCCGGCCACCUUUGACGAGGAGAACCGAUGGGUAUUCUACGACGUCGUCGGCCUGUUCACCGUUUACUACUCGGUCAGCGUGGGAAAGCUGAUCAACUACUGUGCAGUGGUCGGCACAUAUCUCCUCGUUUGGCUGCGAGUCCGGAAAGGUGUCUAUUCCUCCAAAGACCUGAUCAUCGCCUACAAGCACCACGUCGUCGCCUUCUUCGCCAUGACCGUCACCAUGCUCGUCAUUAUCGCAUUCGUCGUUCAGUUCGACCUCGUCAUGUGCUGGUACAAAAUGCCCGAGAUCGUCGGACCGCUUUACGUUCUUCCUAUGCUCAUCGCCGGAGCCAUUGUUCACUCGCACUACGCCGACUACAACAGAAUCAACAACAUCGAAAUGGUGCAAUACGACACAAUCCUGCUUUCGUUCGCCUCUAUCCUUCUGGUGAUGACAAUCUACAAUCUGUCCUCCGCCUUCUACGUUCUCAACAAUCUCGUUCUUCCCGUCUUCAAAGACAUAAUCAUCUGGAGCCUCGGUUUGUUGAGAAUCAUCAGAAGAGUCACUCCGCGCGUCCUUUUUUCACUCAACUGUUCUGCUUCAUUCCGACGUUCGUCUUCGCUGCCUACGCAAUCAGUCAAUGUGUUGACUUCUUCGUUCCAGUCAUGGGAAGGUAGUCCUUUUUUCCCUGUAUUCCCUCUUCAUCUCAUGAUUCCAGACUUGGAAAUGCUAUCAACCCUGAGUUCAUUAUGGGUCCAAUUGGUCUGGUGAUCGCAUCCAGCUUCAUUCUGUUUGUCAACAAUCUCUUCUACAUCUCUCGAAAAAUGAACUACAUCAUUCGAGUUCUCUUCGCCCUUUCGCCCUCUUCAUCCUCGUCCUGCUCACCACCAAAGUCGGCAAUCCGUACGAGUACUCUGCCGAAAACCCUCGUCUCCGUCGGAUCAUUGCUCUCCACGCGAACCGAACGAUUUACGAUUUCGAAGGACGGCUCACGCAGAAGGACAACGCUCUCUUCGUCCAUUCGCUCGAUUACAGGGGAGCUUCCGAUCUGCCGUCGCACUCUUUCCUGCAGGGAACUGCCGCUCCGAACUGCACGGGCGUCGUCGAUGAGUACUGCCGGAUGCCCUAUUACACGGCCAUCCACGAGCUCUUCCCCCCGGAGCACUCCCUCUGGGUGCCCGUUCCGUCGCCUGUCCCUCUUCCGUUCCCGAUCGAUCUCAAGCUGGUUUCACGUGAAGCGAUCGGGAAAAACCUGAAUCUGACGUUGAAGUAACUUUCUGUCUGUCCCAUUGUCUUCCCAUCGUCUUCUUUCAGAUCCGUGGUGGAUACGACAAGAUGUCCCUGCACGUGACUCCUCUCAACGGCUACGACCUCCUUUCCUGGUCGUUCACUGAUAUUGACAUCGAAGAGUUCGGCCGUCGGCAAACUUAUUUCGUCUUCUUGACCUACGGACACGAAGCUCCGGAAGUUCGUAGAUUCUGGAUCCUUCUGGAACACGUGAGCUAUUUUCUAAUUAGCAAUGAUGAACUCUAAAUUCCAGAAGAGUGGAGCUGCCCCGAACCCUGAAACUCAGGAGAAUCUGGAGCUCUCCGUGGCCACGCAUUAUGCUCACGGAGUCCAUCAGGAUACGGAGACGCUCCGACAGCUGAGGGCCAUGAUUUCUUCGCGAAGACAGACUCCGGAGCAGGCGGUCGGAUGGUGGCGGUGAGCAGAAUAAAUCUCAAUGAUCUCAGACUUUUCUAAACUUUCAGAUGGGGAAUCACGAUGGUCGGUGGACGCUCCGAAAUCGUCGUCAAGCUUUUCUAG